GGUAGCCUCAUUUACGUCAGUGCGUCUGGUUCUGGCGCGUGGACAGUCCGAAAAUGUUUAAGCUUUCCUGGAGCAACACCGCAUAUCUGCGCACGUAUGUGAAUGUAAAUAUGUUUACGAUGGAGAUAUGUAUUAUUGGUCUAGAAACGAGCACUUCUAAAAGUAGUACACAUCAAAGUAUAUAGUGGAAUGACAUCGCUGGAGGCAACACUGAACGGCAGCCCCAAAAAAUAUCUCUGGCCCUUCAAUGAAGCUCCACUGCCUAACUCUUGUGACCCUAGAAUAGAAGUGACCUACAUGGAUCACCUGUCUGAGCUGACAUCACUCUCUCCCCCCACAUCCAUGUCCUCUCCACCUCCUCCAAACAUGUCUCACACACCACACCCAACCAUGUCUCCCCCACCUCCCCCUGCCAUCUCCCCACCACCCCCACCUCCUCCACUGCCCGGUGGCCUCCAGAACAGUCGGGAUGUCCUGCAACGGUCCAAGUUACGCAACCUGAACUGGGACCUCAUUCCGAAGGAGAAGGUAGAGGGCCGUCAGAGUGUCUGGAACAGUCCAGAUGAGUUCCACUUCGACCUGAGCUCGUUGGACGAGCUGUUUGGACAACCGAAGAGGUCUCGGCCCCCCAAGAAGGAUGGCAGUUUACGGCAUUGCCUCAGACCCAUUGGCUCCCCUCUACACAAUGCACCGGAAAAGGUAUCACUUCUGGACGGGAAGCGCAGUAUGAAUGUGGGAAUUUUCCUCCGGCAGUUCAAGAGUGCAGUCAGGGAGAUAGUGGAGGACAUCAGGCAGGGUAAUGGGCAGCACUAUGGGAGUGAGAUGCUCAGUGAACUGUGCAAAAUGCUGCCUGAGACUGAGGAGGAGAGGCGUCUGAGGGCAUACCGGGGAGAGCGUAGCCAUCUUGAAGACCCUGACCUCUUCAUGCUCCUACUAGUGGAGGUGCCCAGUUAUCGCUUGCGUCUGGAUGCCAUGAUCCUGCAGCAGGAGUUUGACCCAGCCUUAUCUUCUCUGUGUGUGUCAGCACGCUGCUUGGUGUCUGCAGCCACAGAGCUUUUGAGCUGCCCAGAGUUGCACUCCAUCCUACGGCUGGUCCUGAGGGCAGGAAAUUACAUGAAUGCCGGAGGUUACGCAGGCAAUGCUGCUGGGUUCCGCAUCGCCUCUCUGCUCAAGCUAGCUGACACCAAAGCCAACAAACCAGGCAUGAACCUGCUGCAUUAUGUGGCCAUGGAAGCCGUUAGGAAAGACCCAACCCUGCUGUCCUUUCCCCUCAAGUUGAGCCAUGUGGGUCUCGCCUCCCGACUGUCUGUGGAUGUGGUGCAAGGGGAUCUGUCUCAGCUGUGCAGCAGACUAACUGGACUAGAGAGGAGAAUUCAGACGGAACCUGUUCUCCAACAGCAAAUCAAAUACUUCCUCCAGAGUGCUGAGGGGAGGCUGGAGGAGGCAGAGGUGGAGGUGGAGGCUCUAUUGCAGGCCCAACAGGACCUGUUGGACUUCUUCUGUGAGGAUGAUGUCACGUUCAAGCUGGAGGAGGCCUGCAGCAUCUUUUACUCCUUCAACAUUCGCUUUCAGAAAGCUGUAGAGGAGAAUGCAAAGAGGGAGCUUCAGGAACAGAAGCGAGCAGAGAGAGAGAGGCUGGAGAGGGACCGGGAUGGGACAGUGAGACGUCGCUCCAUAGCCACCUGUUCAGCCCUGGAGGUGGGACUCAGGGACACCCAGCAAGAAGACCUGGAGAGCACUCUGGAGAGGAGCCUCUACCACACCUGGCAGAGCCGCCACAACGUGCGAAGCCCAGACAGCCGACUACGUGCCAUGAGCCCAACCUUACACAACUUACUGGAGAACAUCAAUGAUGAUGAUACUACUGAAUCAUGUGACACACCACCACCAACCCUUGCUCACUCACCACCCCCACCCAAGACAAAGCAUCAGCAGACUGUGUCUGCUCCCCCCUCUAACCCCACAAACAGUAUGUCAGCCAAGCCUGCCAAGGAGACCACCCCUCCAGUGGACAGCCCACAGUCACCUCUGGAGAGUGCCGAUCUGCUGAAGCAUGUAGCAUCCAAAGUGGUGAACCAGCAGUGCAGUCUACAAGAAAUGUCUGACCCAGAGAAACAGCAUGACACAGCCUCUGCCCAACCCACCACCAAGGGACAGUCACAGAAGCCUGGGGAAUGGGAGCGUCUGUAUUCAUGCAUGGGAGACACAGUAGUGUGUCACACUCUUGUGACUGGCCUAUGCUCCUAUAAGAACCUGAGCCCAACACAGCCCUGGGAGGAGCCCACGGAAGGAUCCCACUGCUUCUUACGGUUGAGGGACAAACAGUUCAGAGCGGCAUCACCCCAGGUCCACAAAGCGGAAGCACCCCAGGUCCACAAAGCGGCAGCACCCCAGGUCCACAAAGCGGCAGCAGCCCAGGUCCACAAAGCGGCAGCACCCCAGGUCCAGGGGGACAACGUGCAGAACAAAAAGGUGCGCACACCAGCUUCUGGGCUGCAGAGAACUAUACCCAGGAGUAGGGCUUCCACACCCUCCACAAGCCCCACUUCCACCCUUUCCUCUACUGCCUCUGCCAUCCCCACUCCCACAGCCUCGGCCAUUCCCAAAAUGCAAGGCAGGUCAGAGGCAGCCUCCACAUGGUCCUCACGUCUCCCUCUCAGGAACUCAGUGCGUUCCCCAACUCCAAUCACCUCCAGAGAUCAUUCUGAGGUCAGACCGGAAGGGAUUGUUAGGGAAAAAAUGCAAUCUCUGAAUGAGCAGACCAAAAAAAAGCAUCCUCUUCGUCGACUACUAGAAAAAGCCAAACCAAAUGAGAAGGAGAGAGAGAAGAUAAAGAAGGAAAGAGAGCUGGAGAGUGAAAGAGAGAGGGAGAGGGAGGGAGUGAGAAAGGAGAGGGAAAGUGAGAAGGAGAAGAAAAGAGUGAAAGAGAGGGAGAAGGUCAAGGAGAAAGAGAAGGAGAGGAAGAUGGCGAAGGAGAAGGUGCAGAUGAAAACUAAGCUAAAGGGGAAAGAGAAGGAAGUCAAAGUGGAGCCAGUGAUGGAGUCAGCUCUGUGUGUGUCCAAGCAGCUGCCCCUGCACCCUGACUUUCAUACCUCUCUGCCUCGCCGUGCCCUUCAGGCCUCGGUGACCACCAGUGCCAAGGUCAUACGCUGUGCCCUCAUGGCCGCUGCGGCUGUGAAUAAGGACAGGAGCAGCCAGUCUGCAGUCUCAAAGACCACAGUUAUAAAGCUGCCUGGCCCCAGGUCAAAGCUCCCAAUUCCACUAUCCAUGUGGAAGUGAGUCUGCCCACACCCACCUAGACAUACAUAAAAAACCUCAGAUCUGAUAUGGAGAGAUGCCAAUAGGGAAUCAAGAAUAGUACCUUUAUUUUUGAUAUCACACCUCAUUGGCUUUAGCUAGGUAAUCAGGCAUCUUUUUAGAAAUUACUUUGUACUGAAAGUGUGAUAAAUGUUAUAAGGUAGGUAAUAAAAUAACUCAAUAACGUGGAAUAACGAAAGUAGGCAAAGGAAAGGAAAAAUAAGGUAUGGAUAUGGUGGUAUACAGAAAGUUGUACUUAGGGUUAUUCAACAAGAUACUUGAAUAUGGAGUGAUAGAGAGGGAAUGGGUGAAGAGGGGAUCAACAGAGAAGGAUCUGGUCAGGAAUAAGACCCACUUUGAUGAGUAUUGAAGUUCUCCAUAUUUCAAAUGAGAGAUGGAGUGGUGGGGUGCUUGGAGGUGACUGCAUCAUUGAAGAUGCAUUGAGAGUGUAUUUACAUUUGUGUCCCAACUAUACACAAAACAAUAAAAACAGUGAUCUUAGUUGUGUUUAAAUUGUGUGGCUUUUGUUAAAUAAGUGUGACCAACUCACUUCUCCACUACUGUAAUUGUAGCAGCUAGCGACUACAACAACCAGAAUAAAAUACUAUUUGGGCAAGAAUCCCCGGAUGAAAUA